AUGACCGCGACUGGCGACACGUCCAUGUCGCGAUACGACUCAUCUGCUGGUGAGCUCUCGUCGCCACCUUCAGGGUCUCUUUCAGAACCAGGCUCUCCGUCGCGGCAACCAGGUAGCCGUACCCGUAACGAUAUGGAGGAGAUUGUCGUCGGCCACGACAACAAGCAGCAAGCCGGCCAGCCGCCGCCGCCGCCAAUGCCACCUCAACCUGCUACAGGCCCUCUCAGAAGAUAUGGCUUGGUCAACAACGAAUGGGUGCAGUUGACGGCUGCCGGCGUGCCACGAAAGAAGCCUGGCCGCAAGCCUGGCUCCGUGGUGAAGCCCAAGAACGCUGACGGCUCUGACGCCUCCAAGGCUACCCGCAAACCCCGAAAGUCUCGCGACUCCAAUAUCCAACCCAUCCAACGAAAGCGCAAAAUCGCUCUCGCCACCGAUACCGACACUGAUGUACCUUCAGACUCGAAGAACCUCGCCGCCAUUGCCUCGCGUCAGCCGCGUGUCUCGGACGUCUCCAACAUGACCGCCUUAUCACCCGCCCAACCGCAGCAGCAGCAGCAGCAGCAACAUCAUCCCCAUCAGCCCGAUCAGCGCUACUCUCCCAAGAUUCCCAAACGCGAACAUUAUCCGGGGUCGAUGCAAAAUAUAUUGAACUCCGACCCUCCUCAGCCACCGCCGCAGUCUUCGCCGCCCACUACCUCUGUCGUCCCCGUGCGCACAAGCGGCCAGAGCUACGAUCCUAUUCGUGGCAAGAUCGACCCCGUCCGCGAAUCAAUGGUCUCUCACAACCCCUAUGGAUCUGCUGCUGGUUCUCCCAGAGCUCCAACUCAGAUGCCGAACCGCUCCCCCACCAUUGCCAGCUUGCUCGAGCCCUCAGCCCCUCCGACUUCGUCACCUAACCAUACGCACACCACGUACCAGCCUGCCUCGACCCAGCCUCGAUUCCAGCCCCAGGAGCCUUCGCUGCCACCUUCACCUUCCAACCACGCUCGAGGAGUGUCAACUCCAACACCAUCAUCGCGGUCUCUGGCCCCGGAGGUUGCUAAGAACCCACCCCCGCCUCCACCUCCUGUGCAGCGGCCUGUUAUUAAGGAGUCAAAUUUUACCACAAUCUCCAACGGGCCCAUCAAGAAGGUGUCACCUAAGCAGAAGCCUCACACGGGUGUCUCGACUCCCAAGACGGACAACCUAGAUGACCUGCAGGAAAGCGAGGGACGAUCUAUUCUCGACUUUGGGAGGGCCAAACCCGGCGAGGAACUACAAACACCGACCAUUGUCCUCACCAUUCCAAUUCAAGCAGGAGAGACGAACAAGUAUGUAAAUUUCAUGCGUAUGGCGGAAGACCGCUAUGGAUGGGACGCGCUGCAUCCCCGCUUGGCCGCCAACCGUGACCGAAAGGCUCGAAUUGCCGCUGCCGCUGCUUCUUUGGAGAAGGUCGAGUCUGGUCGUGAAUCCGGCGACGAGAUGUCGGUGGACUUGUCCGAUGCCGAGGGCAGCAACCCCGAAAAUGGGGACAAUGGUGGCACCAGCGGUCCUGACGCCCAAGCCAAACCGAAGAAGAAGCGCAAUUUCAAAGAGGACCAAUACGACGUAGACGACGACUUUGUGGAUGAUUCCGAGCUCCUUUGGGAGGCUCAGGCGGCGGCUAGCCGUGAUGGAUUCUUUGUUUACUCGGGCCCCUUGGUGCCCGAGGUAGAGAAGCCUGCAGCUGGUCACGAUGGUCCCGUCAAGCGCGGACGUGGCGGCCGAGGAAGUCGUGGCGGUGGCCGCGGAGCCUCGACCCGAGGCGGAGCUGGAUCUGGUCGUGGUGGUGGUCCAGGUUCCCGAGGAGGCUCAAUUACCAGAAAACCUCGCAUCACCAAGUCCGAAAAGGCCCAACGCGAACGCGAGAAGGCUGAGCGAGAGAGCCUGGCUCAGCUGGCUAAGACCCCCACUCAUGGCUAUUCGCUCCAGCCGACGACACCCUCAUUCGCCGUAAGCGAAUUGGGUGCUUAA